AUGGCGUCUUCUCGCGCAGGCAGCUCGUCGUCGGCAAUGAGGUCCGACCUGGCCGAGCCAGAGGCGUUCCCGUCCAUGGCGUCAACCUCGCUCGAGCGCCCACAAUUGGGCAAGCGACGUUCCAGCUUCGGGCAGGGGGCGCCGCGCAAGCCCGUCUCGCGCACCAAGAAGGCGGUGGCGGCCGUCACGGGCGCAGUCACCACCAGCUUCCUCAUGACGCCGUUCGACGUGAUCAAAACUCGGCUGCAGACGCAGAGCAGUGCCGAGCCGCUUUUCUACCCAUCACAGCAUCUUGCCACUGCUCCUACUCUCACGAACGCCACCAGCAUCGACAAGGGCAAAGCGCCGGUCAAGGGCAACGCUUCCCGUCUUGCGGGUGGAUUCCACGCACACCCGGCCACGUGUUGCCAACAGACCUUCUUCACAUCCAACCGACAACCAGAGUCGAUCCUGUGCCGCUACGACCCGCGUCAAGCUUCGUCUUCGUCAGCCGCUUCCACCUCCGCAGCAUUGUCACACAGCUCAUCGUCACCAGCAUUCUUUUCAGCGCGCACACCUUCCAGCUCAUCGUCCACACAACGUCCCGCCCAUCGCAGCACCUCUUCACGCUUCGGCCGACACACGACGUCGUUCUCAGCAUCCGCACCGCCUCGGUCCAGCGUGCGCAUCCUUCCGUCCCCACCGCCUGCACCCAGCGGCUACCUGCAUCCAUCGCCAUCGGCUGUGACGGCGAACGGCUCGUCUUCGUGCGCGUGUGCGUUUCCCAACGAGACUGUGGCUGCACGUGAGCUCAAGGCGGCCGCCUCGGAGCAGGGGCGUCUCACGGGCUUGUGGGAUGGCGUCAUCAAGGUGGGCAGGGCCGAGGGCAUCCGCGGUCUGUGGCGCGGGCUCGCGCCAACGCUCAUGAUGACCGUCCCGGGCCAGGUGACGUACAUGUCGUGCUACGACUUCUUCCGCGGCAAGCUGUUGGCGUCCGAGGACAGCGAGCGUGUGCAGAGGGCGUUCCAGCAAGACUCGGCGGCGACGGGCCGGGAGCUCGGAUUGGCGGGCAAGGCGCCGAGCCUGUCGGCGGUGACGGCGCAAUCGCUGUACGCAUCCUUGCUCGCGGGUGCACUGGCAAGGUCGAUCUCAGCGACGCUAGUGACGCCGCUUGAGCUGAUCCGCACGCGGCUGCAGGCUUCGUCGCGUUCGCAGGCUUCGCUCACGUCGAUCCUGCGCGGGCUGUGGGUCGAGAUGCGCACCACCUCGAUCGGUGCUGGUGGAGGCCCGCUGAUUCUGUGGCGUGGCCUAACGCCGACGCUGUGGAGGGAUGUGCCGUUCAGUGCCAUCUACUUUGCGGGUUACGAGGCGGGCAAACGCUCGCUCACGGGCGGAGGACUCGGCGAAGGUAAUGCCGCCGGUAGCGGAGAGGAGUUUGGUGUUGCGUUUGUCUCCGGCGCCGUGAGCGGCUCGGUUGCUGCGCUACUUACGCAUCCGUUUGACGUAGUCAAGACGCGUCUCCAAACGCAGGGCUCGAAUCAGCCCGACGGUCGACUCUCUGCGAGUCUGCGUGGCAAUCAGCAAGCGACGAGCGGCGUCUGGAACACCAUGCGUCACAUCAUCGCCACCGAAGGAACAGCAGGGCUAUGGAAAGGUCUCAGCCCCCGAACUGCCAAAGUCGCUCCGGCUUGCGGCGUCAUGAUCGCCUCGUUCGAAGUCGUUGGUCGCUUCCUCGCCGACCUCGACAUCUGA